CCUUGGUUCCGAUGCAGGCGAGAAGACGAGGAAGGUCAAAAAGCCCAAGCACGGCUUCCGCGUGGGACCCGAGAACCUUCCCGACGGCCCCUGGAAACGGAAGGGUAACUAACUGACAACCCGUUCGCUCGCCGUUAAAGGCUUCAAAGCACACCUUGAUCCAGGCAAGUCGCUGACUUAUUGCCUAUAGUGACCAAGAUUAAAAAGGAACUCAUCAUCAAGGCCAAAGUAAAGAAGCAGUAUGCCAAGAUCAAGGCAGAACACCAGAAACACCAGGCCGUAGCAGCGGUAGCAACGGCAUCCGAGCAACAAGAAGCCGCCAACCAGGAACAACAACACGAAAACAGUGGAGAGCAAGGGCAACAAAUGCAUCCCGAGCGGCAAGCCAUGCUUGACGUGGCCCCUUAUCCCAACAAUAACGACAAUUCCAACCCGCGAGCCUCCGACAGUACAACCACCAACCCGGCCAACCCAACAACAUCAACAACAGCCGAUGAUCAACAACAGCCCGACCAGGAGGAACCCCCCAGCAGGCACGAGACGAAGAAGAGGAGGAAGAAGAAGCCGGAUUACUACACCAAGGAGCUAGCCGCCGCCGAGCGCGCUAAGAAGCAGGCCGAGGAGCGCGCGGCCGAGCUCGCCCGCCGCGAGCAGGAGCGGCAGCAGCGCAUCGCCGAGCGCGAGCGCUACCGCAAGGCCAUGGCCAAGGCAAAAGCCCCCGGCCCGGACGGCAAGCGCAAGUUGGGCAGGGAAAGCAAGAUACUGCUGGACAGGGUGAAGAAGCUGGUUGGGGACAACGGGACAACGGGAUCAAGGUAACACCAGACCAUGAAUAGGGACACGGAUGAAAGGUUGGAAUUGGGGAGUCGGGGGGCAACAGUCGCAUUUGAAUUCGAGCUGACUUCUACCUCCAUUGAGAGGUGGUCCCACUGGUGAACACCGUUCUCUAUUCAUAUGACGUGCUUCUUCCGUCAAGGCAUGAA